AUGCCAAAAUAUUUUACGUUCGAACUUCGAGUACGUAACAUCAUUGAAUUAGUAAUCAAUGUUGAUCAUUAUCUCAAGUUUUAUGAAAUAUUUGAUACAAAUUUAAAAACAUAUGUUACACAAACAAUGGUGUUUGAUAGAAAAUGGGCUGAAGGGUGGGAUUUGUUUGGAUUAUGUUCUAUUCUUAAUUGUAACAUUCGUUCAGUUUAUCCAAAUGUCGAUGGUGUAAGUAAAGAUGACAAUCCAUCAAAAAGAUUAUUAAAUGUAACAUUUCAACCUCGUGAAACCAUCGCAACAAAUACAAUAUUAAUUAUGUGGUCAAAAGGAGUAUCGCCAGAAGACUGGUUGUUAUACAGUGAUCAAGAAUAUUGGUCUCCAAACCAUUAUGUUCCACUACUAAAACCUCGUCUUCAAGCAACUUAUGCUGUAGCUAAAGCUGUUGUUGAAAUAAAGCAGAAAAAGGAACCAAAUACUGAUACUAAAACAACAUUCGGUACUAUGGUUUUACAAGGUAUACGAAAUGUAGUACCAGUUGGAAAAAAAAAGAAUAGUCGUAUUAAAAAGUGUAAUGCUACCAAUAAACGUGGCAUUACAUUUAAUGUUCGAAAUUUGAUAAAAGUGAUCAAUAUCAAUUAUUUGAAUGAAGAAAGCUUGAAAGAUGAUGUCGGUCAAGCGGUAUUAGAACGCUCUUUGAAAUGGGCUCUUCGUACAGCGUAUGCAACACAAAUUAAAGCUCUUUUUGCGCGACAAGAAAAUAUGUUGAAUAAAAUUAAUUUUACAAUUCCACGUAAAUCAGCAGCAAAUAUUCCACAAAUAGUAUCAGCAAGAAAAUCUCAAAUACUACAAAGAUCAGUUCAUUCAGCAACGCUAUUUAUUGCUCAAGAAGUUUCUAUCACUGAUGGUUUAAGUAAUGGUCUUAAUAGCUUAUUUGAUGAACUCCAGAAUCGAGCUUAG